GCGUUUUCCAUUUUAUUUUCCCGCUACUUUUUCUUAGUAGCCAAACACAGAAGCAGAAAGCUCAACCUAAAGCAAAAAUUUUCUCGGCAAAAAUUGACCUCCCAAAACAAAGUCUUUCUACUAUUCAAUUCGAACUCAAUGAACUCUCGGGAGCUCGCUCUGGUCUCUACGGCCACCGUGUUCGGCGCUUUAGCCUCUGCUUUUGCUCUCCGUUUCUUCCUAAACCCUAAAAAGAAGCACUUUCCCCAAACUCACAACGGUGUCGUUUCUGCCAAUUGCUCUCCUCCCAACCCAUUUGAUCCCUCCAAACGCAAAGAAUAUUUGUCAUGGGAUGAUUAUUUUAUGGCAAUUGCAUUUUUAUCAGCUGAAAGAUCCAAAGACCCUAACAGGCAGGUUGGUGCAUGCUUAGUGAGUCAAAAUGGUAUAAUUCUUGGGAUUGGCUAUAAUGGAUUUCCUAGAGGCUGUUCUGAUGACAAGCUUCCUUGGGCAAAGAAAUCCAAAAGCGGGGAUCCUUUAGAGACAAAGUAUCCUUAUGUUUGUCAUGCUGAAGUCAAUGCUAUCCUAAACACAAAUCACGCUUCUGCCGCUGGGCAGAGGCUUUAUGUGACCAUGUUCCCUUGCAAUGAAUGUGCCAAAAUAAUCAUUCAGGCAGGUGUGUCUGAAGUUAUAUAUUUUGUAGAGAAGAGGUUAAGUGAUUCCGACAUUGCAUAUAUUGCAUCUCAGAAACUACUAUCAAUGGCUGGUGUAAAAGUAAGGAAACAUCAGCCACAUAUGAAUCAAAUUUUAAUCAAGUUUGAGGAGCCCUAGAUUUCACAUUUACUUGUAUUGCAUGUUCUUAUUAAACUGAACAUUUAAGUUUGUUGCUCACUGAAGCAAUAUUGUAUCAUAUUAGCUCCUCGUUUUCAACUGUUCUGAUUAUUAUUAUUAUUGUGGCUUUCUUGCAU